AUGCGUUCUUCCAACUUGGCACUCGUGGCUGCUGCCACUGCUGUCUCAGCUGCUCCAAGAUAUGUCAUGUAUUUUGACCAAUGGCACACGGCAACUCUGCCCCCCAAGGAUGUUACCGCAGGAGUAAACUAUGUCAUUACCGCCUUUGCCCCUUCAACCACAUUCACCUCCGGCAGCUGGUAUCAGCCCUUCAUGCCUCUCAGCCAGGUUCGAGCCUUGUUCGAUCAAGGCACCAAGGUCUGCAUGGCCAUCGGUGGCUGGGGCGAUACCUCUGGCUUCAGUGCUGGCGCCGCAACCGAGGACACCCGUAAAACAUACGCCAAGAACGUUGCUACUACCUUGACCAACUUGGGAUACGACUGUGUUGAUGUUGACUGGGAAUAUCCCGGCGGCAAUGGCCAAGACUACAAGCAAAUCCCCAAUGACAAGAAGGUUUCCGAAAUCGAGACCUACCCGCUCUUGCUUCAAGAGAUCAAGGCCGCUAUUGGCGACAAGGAGCUGUCUAUUGCUGUUCCCGGUAAGGAGGGCGACAUGAUUGCCUUCACCGCCGAGCAGGUCCCUAAGAUUGACAAGGCCGUCGAUUUCGUCAAUGUCAUGACCUACGACAUCAUGAACCGCCGAGACAACGUCACAAACCACCACACUUCGGUCGUUGAUUCCGCCCACACCAUCGACGUCUACAUCCAACGCGGCAUGACCCCCAGCAAGAUGAACCUCGGAUUCGCCUUCUACGCCAAAUACUUCACCACCAAGGACGGUGCCCAAUGCACCGGGCCCACUGGCUGCCCUACCGCCGUCCUCGAAGCCGCCGACGGCUCGGACACUGGCCUCUCCGGCGCGGUCACCUUUGAAGUUGAAAACUACAACAACGCCAACUUCCUCAAGGCGCUGCAGAACGGCAAGGAAGACUCCGACAAGGGAGGACAGUGGUACUGGGACUCAGCUACGAAGCAGUACUGGACUUGGGAUACUCCCAAUCUCAUUGCGCGAAAGUUCAAGGAGAUUGCGGCGGCUAAGAAGUUGGGCGGUGUGUUUGCCUGGAGUUUGGCUCAGGAUAGCCAUGACUGGAGCCAUUUCAAGGCUAUGCAGGCUGGUGUUAAGACGCUGUAA